AGGAAGAUAUAUCAGUCUUGAAGACAAGAAGAAUAUGCCAUAUUUACAGGCAUUUAUUCAUGAAGUUCUACGAUAUUGUUCGAUUGCCCCACAAUCAGUACCACAUACCGUGAUGGAAGACACCGAAUUUGAGGGCUAUACCAUACCAAAGAACAGCAUUGUAUUGUUCAUCAUCUAUACUUUACUGAUGGAUAAAGAAAAGUGGGGCGAUCCGGAGAAUUUUAGACCCGAAAGGUUCCUUUCUGAAACAGGCCAAUUAGCAGUAGACAAGGCACAUUUUGCACCAUUCAGUUUGGGUGGCAGGUCGUGCGUUGGCAAGCAUUUAGCAAAACAGGAACUCUAUAUUUCUUGGAACUUUGAUACAGCGGUUUGAGUUCAAGUCUCCGCCAGGGAGUCCCCCUCCGUCUACUCGAAGAAUUCAGACUGGGAUAACUAGCCAACCAGAAAGAUACGACAUUUGUGCCGUACCACUAAACAAAUAAUUUACCACAAAGGAGUUUGUGUUAGCAUUUACUUUGCUAUAAUUAUAUUAGGACAGGAUCUAGUUUUUGUAUUCUUCGAGGAAGAUAGAUAUUCCUGUUUAUUCAGUGCAAUAACUAAAUAUCAAAAAGUAGGCUCCUUGCACAUGUAAAAAUAUUGAAAAAAAAAACAACUUUUAAUCAUACAUGAAAAUUUUACCUACUCGUUAAGUCCGGCGACAUGCCUAAUAAAGUAGUACGUCGAGCUCAGCUAGACUGUAAAACAAAAAACAGCUGAACGCACUUAUUACAAUGUACAUUAUAAAUCAGUCAGAUUUCUGAUAGAUUUCCUUGAUAGAUCCAAUGGAAAUCACCACAGAUAUGAUGUGGUCAGGUAAUAGGUUAGAACAUUUUGAAAGUCAGUGAGUUUUCAAAAAUUUGGUAGUGUGUAUAGACUUAUAUAGAGUAUAUCUUACAAUGUCACCAAGUAAAAGAGAGAGAAAAACAGGAAUACUAAAUCGAGUGAUAAAAGGGAAAAGAAAGAGUUUAGAUACAGUUUGGAAUUGUUCUUUGUAAAAAGACAGUCUAACGGUGCUUAUAAUCAAGGGAGAUAAUUAAUAUUGUAAUGUACUCGAGUAUACUAUAGGCCUUUUAUACCUAAAAGGUUGUUACAUUUCAACCUUUCUCUUUGGAGUACGUGUGUGUACAUAUGUCAAUCAUUGUUUUUCUUGUGUUUAUGCAGGAAUAUUGUACUUCAGUUAUCUCAAAUUCUAACAUAUUUUUACAAA